AUGAGGCAUGCUGGCUCUUGGAAACUUUGGCUCUGGAUGGCAAUGCUUCUGCUUCCUGCUUCCACUUCCGUGACGGUCAGGGACAAGUCAGAAAAACAGUGUCCUGUACUGAGAACAGAGGGACAUCAGUUUCCACAGGACAACAGAGAUAAACUUGAAGUUUCAGGUUUUGACCUAGGAGAGAGCUUUUCUCUGAGACGUGCAUUUUGUGAAGGUGAUAAAACCUGUUUCAAAUUGGGAAGUGCAUUUCUUUUUAGAGAUACCAUUAAGAUAUUUCCCAAAGGCCUUCCUGACGAGUACGCCAUAGCAGCUGUGUUUCGUGUGCGCAGAAGCACCAAAAAGGAACGGUGGUUCCUGUGGCAGGUGUUAAACCUGCAGAAUCUGCCACAGAUUUCUAUAGUCGUUGAUGGUGGAAAGAAAGUGGUGGAAUUUAUGUUCCGAGCUGCUGAGGGAGAUGUGUUGAACUACAUUUUUAAAAAUCGAGAACUCCGUCCUUUGUUUGAUCGUCAGUGGCAUAAACUUGGCAUUGGUAUACAAUCCCGGGGCAUUUCACUCUAUAUGGAUUGUAAUUUAAUUGCAAGCCGUUAUAUAGAUGAAAAGAAUGCUGUGGACCUUCGUGGAAGGACUGUUAUUGCUGCACGAGCUUCCGAUGGCAAGCCUGUGGAUAUUGAACUUCAUCAACUUAAAAUCUACUGUAACUCAAACUUCAUAGCCCAAGAAACAUGCUGCGAAAUAUCAGAUGCUAAGUGUCCAGAUUAUGAUGGCUUUGGAAGCACUGCAUCAUCACUGUUACCCGCUCAUGCCAGUAAACUGUCUGCCUAUCUUCCAGCAAAGGAGGGACUUCAAGACCGGUGCCAGUGCAUUCCAAACAAGGGAGAAGCGGGUUUUCCAGGAACUCCAGGCUCACCUGGUCAGAAAGGGGAUAAAGGAGAACCGGGUGAAAAUGGUUUGCAUGGAGUUCCAGGCUUACCUGGUCAAAAGGGAGAGCAAGGUUUUGAAGGCAGCAAAGGAGAAAUUGGUGAAAAGGGUGAACCAGGAGAAAAAGGAGAUCCAGGUCUGGCUGGCAUUAAUGGACAAAAUGGUUUGAAAGGUGACUUGGGUCCUCAGGGCCCCCCUGGCCCAAAAGGAGAAAAGGGAGAUACAGGACCUCCAGGACCACCAGCCUUAACUGGUUCCCUGGGGAUACAAGGCCCACAAGGUCCACCUGGAAAAGAAGGUCAGAGGGGAAGACGAGGAAAAACAGGUCCUCCAGGAAAACCAGGCCCCCCAGGACCGCCCGGACCUCCUGGAAUACAAGGAGUACAACAGACUCUUGGAUAUCAUAACGAUGGAAACCUUGGUGAAUAUGGAGCUGGUGGCCCAAAAGGAGAGAAGGGUGAAGCUGGACAACCGGGAUUUCCAGGGUCCAUUGGCCCUAAAGGUCAAAAAGGAGAAUCUGGGGAAGCUUUUACAAAAGGUGAAAAGGGAGAUAGAGGAGAACCUGGGAUAAUGGGAUCACAGGGAAUAAAGGGCGAACCUGGAGAUCCUGGUGCCCCCGGUUUAAUAGGAAGUCCAGGACUAAAGGGUCAGCAAGGACCUGAAGGCUCUAUGGGACCCAGAGGACCACCAGGAGAUAUUGGAUUGCCAGGAGAACAUGGUAUCCCAGGAAAGCAAGGCAUUAAAGGAGAAAAGGGAGAUCCAGGUGGGAUUAUAGGCCCUCCUGGGCUUCCAGGUCCCAAAGGUGAGGCUGGUCCUCCAGGGAAAAGCCUGCCAGGGGAACCAGGAUUAGAUGGAAAUCCUGGAGCACCUGGUCCACGUGGGCCAAAGGGUGAACGAGGACUCCCAGGUGUCCAUGGUUCCCCAGGUGACAGAGGUCCCCCAGGGCUGGGAGUUCCUGGCCCAACAGGCUCGCAAGGACCAGCUGGAGAGCCAGGUAUUCAGGGUCCUCGAGGUCUCCCUGGAUUGCCGGGAACUCCAGGGACCCCAGGGAAUGAUGGAGCUCCAGGGAGGGAUGGAAAGCCAGGUCUGCCAGGCCCCCCAGGUGACCCGAUUGCACUUCCUCUCUUGGGAGACAUCGGUGUCUUGCUCAAGAACUUCUGUGGCAACUGCCAAGCCAGUGUCCCUGGGCUGAAAAGCCACAAAGGAGAAGAAAUAGGCGCUGGUGAGCCUGGAAAGUAUGAUUCUAUCACCCAGAAGGGUGAUACAGGACCACGGGGUCCCCCAGGAAUCCCAGGCAGAGAGGGACCAAAGGGAAGCAAAGGAGAGCGGGGCUACCCUGGGAUACCUGGAGACAAAGGUGACGAGGGUCUUCAAGGAAUUCCAGGCCUUCCAGGUGCUCCAGGCCCCACUGGACCCCCUGGCUUGUUAGGAAGAACUGGACAUCCUGGCCCCAUGGGAAUAAAGGGUGACAAGGGCAGUGAGGGACCCCCUGGGAGACCCGGACCACCUGGACCGCCUGGUGUACCAUUCAAUGAAGGAAAUGGAAUGAGCAGUUUAUAUAAAAUCCAGGGAGGUGUGAAUGUUCCCAGUUUUCCGGGCCCCCCUGGCCCCCCUGGCCCAAAAGGAGACCCUGGCCCAGUGGGAGAACCUGGUGCAAUGGGGUUGCCAGGACUAGAAGGAUUUCCAGGUAUAAAGGGAGAUCGGGGCCCAGCAGGUCCCCCAGGAAUAGCCGGAAUAUCGGGAAAACCUGGAGCCCCAGGGCCUCCCGGAGUUCCAGGGGAACCGGGUGACAGAGGACCUGUUGGAGAUAUAGGUUUCCCUGGACCAGAAGGACCCUCAGGAAGGCCAGGAAUAAAUGGAAAAGAUGGAUUACCAGGUGCUCAGGGUAUCAUGGGUAAACCUGGAGAUAGAGGCCCCAAAGGAGAACGUGGUGAUCAGGGAAUUCCAGGAGACAGAGGCCCACAAGGUGAACAGGGAAAACCAGGCCUUCCAGGCAUGAAGGGAGCCAUAGGUCCUGUGGGGCCACCAGGAAACAAGGGCUCCACGGGAUCUCCCGGGCACCAAGGCCCUCCCGGCAAUCCAGGCAUCCCAGGUACUCCGGCUGAUGCGGUUUCAUUUGAAGAAAUAAAGAAAUACAUUAAUCAAGAGGUUCUAAGGAUUUUUGAAGAGAGGAUGGCUGUGUUCCUAUCUCAGCUCAAGCUGCCAGCAGCAAUGUUGGCUGCUCAAGCUCACGGGAGGCCUGGUCCACCAGGAAAGGAUGGAUUACCUGGGCCACCAGGAGACCCUGGACCUCAAGGCUACCGAGGACAGAAAGGAGAAAGAGGGGAGCCUGGAAUUGGGCUUCCAGGGAGCCCGGGUCUUCCUGGGACUUCAGCUCCGGGUUUGCCAGGCUCACCAGGUGCCCCAGGUCCCCAGGGCCCCCCAGGACCUAGUGGAAGAUGUAAUCCAGAAGAUUGCUUCUAUCCUGUGUCUCAUGCCCGUCAGCGGACAGAGGUGUUUGAUGGUGAAGACAUCAAGCUGUCUUUGGUACCUUUGAAGCUAAAUGGCCUAGCAAGGUCUUUGGGCCCUUGUAUCCAUUAUCGGUUCCAACCGGAUCAUUCUCAGAUUUUAAGACAAGAACUGGCCAUCAGAACAAAGGACGGGAUUUGUGGCACUUGGGAAAGAAACCCCUUGGCCUAG